CACCGGCUGCAAACACCCGAGAGAGCAGUCGUGUUCAGUUUCGUUCGCAGCGCAAGUGCGUUAACGCGCGCUCCUCUCCGCGACUCCCAUCGCUUAUCGAUAGUAUUUAGUAUCGAUACAGUAAAGCACGUUGAUUUCUCUGUAAAAGAUCACGUGACGCGCGUCGAGGACUUUUCUCGCGAUUGCGAUAACACGCCGGUCUGGAUCGUUCUGAGCAAAUAAAAUUUUUCCGCAACGAUCUCGUCAACGAUCUUGAGUUUAUGGAAUUUUCGAGGGAAACGUGACGAUCGAUAAGGGCUGAUUAAGUCGCGCCGUGCAGCGCAUUUAAUUCCUGCUUUUUGUCCGCGGAUUUUCAGUUCACCGCGCAAAUCUCGAUCGUCGUCAUCGAGAAAAGGCGAAAAAGGAAAACCGCAGUUCAACGGAAUCACAGGUCUCGCCGUUAUCGUUCAGCCAUAGGAUAACGUCGCAGAAUUUCCUGCGGAAAUUGCAGGACGACUCGCCGCGGUCGUUUCUUGGGCAUCGAACACCGGGCGAUUUGACAGUUCGUCGACCCCGAUCGAGGGCGGUGCACCGAGAAGCGGUGACUUUUUCGCAAGAGUGUCACGAGACUCGGGAUCUCCGGCGUCAUCCUCGCCUUAUCCGGCUACCUGGGCGAGAAGCAGAUUCGCCCCGCGUCGACAGAGCACGAAGACAUGCGGUAACGAGAGCGAAACACAAUGUUGUCGUCCGAUGUGAGGAAUAGCAGACGGCCGGGCACGUCGUCGAUCAGAGGUUCUCUCUGGUUGCUGUGGUGUUGCCUGCUCGCGUGCUCGAUUACCCCGAGCGCGUCCCACAAUGUGUCCUGCUGCCCGGAGGACGCAAUGUGGUCGCAUACGGCGUCCAACUGCUCGGACGGCACGAGGAUUCGCUUGCACUGUCCGUACGGCAUCUUCCUCAUCGAUCCUGAGGAGAGCGACAACUUCACCGUCGUCCACGAGGACGACACCGCUUGGCUGGUGUUGGACGUCGACGACAAAAUCCCGGACGACAGAUUCUGCGUGGCCAAAUCGGAGCACAGCGAUGACGAGAUCGCCCUGGUGUGCUUCGAUAAGGAGCUGCUGGAGGAGAGCAUGUCGUGGAUGUGGAAGAACACGCUGAUCUGCAUCGUGAGCAUUAUCUCGGCCAUCUUCCUCAUCGCCACCCUGGCGGUGUACGUGAUGCUGCCGGAGCUGCGGGAGCUCCAGGAUAAAGCGAUGAUGGCCGCCGUCACCACCCUGGUCGUCAGCUAUACCGUGCUCUCCAUUCAGCACUUGCGGCCGGCUAUGGAAGACGAUUACACUAUCUGCGUCACUCUCGGAUUCAUACUGUACUUCGCCUUCAUGUCCGCGUUCUUCUGGAUGAACAUCGUGGCCUUCAACGUGUGGCGCGUAGUGUGGUUUAAAAACUUCAGGGUGAGGGAUCAGCCGCUCUACUACGCUUACUGCAUCUGGGGAUGGGGUGGUCCAGCGUGCUUCCUGAUCGUCGCGUUAACGUUGCACAACUUGAAAGGACAACAUCUGAAGCCCGGCUUCGGCGAGUACAGCUGCUGGUUUGCCGGUACCGCGCAAACAUGGGCGUACUUUUACGGGCCGGUGACUAUUCUGCUGACGUUAAAUAUGAUCUAUCUCGGCCUGACCAGUUGGCGUUUGUGGCACCAAUACCGAAAUUACACCGGCAGCAAGUUGCGCGUCCUGCGGUUCAAGUGUCUGCUGUACAUCAAGCUGGUGCUCGUGAUGGGCAUCACCUGGAUCUUCGAAAUAAUAUCAUUCGCCAUCGACACGAAGAUGGACGAGUUCUGGAUCCCGACGGACCUGUUGAACGGUCUCCAGGGAUUCAUCAUAUUCCUGCUUUUGGUCGCGACGCGGAAACGAGUGCGGAAGCUGUUGGCGAAGAAGCGGCCUUGCGGCAUCGCCUUCCCGAAGUCCUGGGCGGCUUACGAAGACGAGGAGUGCGAGGCGGUGCUCCCCGAGGAGCUCGAGCUGUCCCAGCAAGGAUAA